AUGGAUUUCUCACAGAAAGACGGUAAAAAAUCAAAGAAAAGUCAAGAAAAAGCAACAACCCCACAACCGGCGACAACCUCCAAGUUCCAACCCUCACUUCUAAACCCCGUCCAUCCGUCACAAGCACAAUCAGUUAUCAGCCUAAUAACAAAAAACACCUCGAUACCGGCACAAAGGGAAUUUACAGUGGAGGACGAUGAGGAGUUAGAAAUAGAAAGCCCUGCCAGAGAGCAACCGAAAACUCCGCUGGAACAGACGCUGCAGGAACGCCUGUCUCCCCUGUCGGAAGUAUUCACGGGAGAGCAAUUGAAAACACUGUCAGCGGUGAUGGCCGCUUUGUCAGAACUACCAGCCUCGCAGCAGCCAGGAUCAGUCAGCAGUCUAAGAAAGACCAGGCCGACGGUUCCCCAGUUACCUGUUAGGGAUCUCCUAACCGCCCUGAAUCAAGAAAACACCCCAGAAAAAAGAAAGCGCUCGGAUCCGGCGGAAACAGAAUGGCCGGAAACAGAGCAAGUCCCCAUCGCGGAAUACAAACGAAGAGCGCCGGUUCUACAGAUAGCUAGACGGCAGACAAUCCAGCCAAAGGAUUCUCCCCUGUGCCGAGAAAUCCUAGAAGAAAGGAUGGAAAGGAUAAAAAUCCCGACAGGGAGAUACGAUGGGACGACAGAUCCGGAGGAUCACUGCACCACAUUCGAACAGCACAUGAUGCUGUACACUGAUUCUGAUGCCAUGUGGUGCAAAGUGUUCCCAUCCACACUCCUAGGAGUCGCAGCGAGCUGGUAUAAGGGCAUAGAGGCACACUCCAUAUACAGCUUCCGACAGCUGCAGGCGUCGUUUUUGUCACGAUUUGUGAGCAAACAGAAGAGAAAGAAAUCAUCGGGAGAGUUGAUGUCGUUCGCUCAAAGAGAUAGAGAGCCGUUAAGGGAUUAUCUCACCCGCUUUAACAACGAGUCAAUCACUAUCCCCAAUUUGCAGCAGGAGGUUGCCGUUCUGGCUCUUAUGAGGGGAAUGCAAGAGUGCGAAUUCAAGAAAUAUCUCAGCCGAAAGUCAUACACCAAUCUGGGUGACGUCCUGCACAAAGCCAACGAGUACAUCAGGGGGGAUGAAAUGAUGAAGAUCUCCAAUGUGGUAGUGGCAACCGGCGGAAAUGUCGGGUACAAUCCAGGCUAUAACCCACAGAUGGGAAAAGGAGGAAACAAUUUUCAUCAGAGCAAUAAUCAGCAAGGGGCAGGGCAGAGAAACCAGAAUAACAGAAAUGCCAAUCCACAAGGGCAGAGAAGCCGGCAAGACAGAAGGGAGUCCAGAGGACUCUUUGAUAACUACACUCCGCUGAACACACCGCGGACGGCAAUUUAUAACAUAAACAACAAGAUGGAUGGCUGGAGAAGGCCGCCACCAAUGCAGAGUAGGGAAAGGAAUGUCAAGAAAUUCUGUGACUUCCAUAAUGAGCACGGCCACCUAACAGAGGACUGCAGAGACCUCAAAGACAACAUUGAGGAUAUGGUCAGAAAGGGGUAUUUCUCACAGUAUAGGGCAAGGCAGGGAAAUGGUAACAACAACUCGGUGGGAGGAAACCCUACCAAUUCAUACCGGCCACAACAGCAAAAUCAACAACAAUACCCUAGAAUCGAGCAACCAUAUCAGCCGCCUAGAAUCGAGCAAAAACAGCCGGAAACCAGUGCCAGAGCAGAACAGAGGGAUGGCGGGAAAAAACCACCCGUGUAUGUAAUUUCUGGCGGCCCAGUCCACGGAGGGACAAUAAGCGGCGCCAGUAGAAGCUUGGAGGAACACAGGCACAUGGUAAACUUUCAUAACACAAGAGUGUGGCCUAACCCACCCAGCAUACCAGUGAUGACAUUCUCGGAAUCGGAUUGCAGAGGCAUCAUUUUCCCGCAUGAUGACCCACUAGUUCUUACAAUUGAUAUAGCAAAUGCCGAUGUGAACAGAGUACUGGUAGACGGCGGCAGCUCAGCAAAUAUCAUCUUCUGGGAAGCUUUCAAACAAUUGCACAUACCAGAGGACGAACUUCAAAGGGUAAACUACCCAGUAAUCGGUUUCUCAGGAUCUACAGUGUACCCAGAGGGUAGUAUAAGGCUGCCGGUGAAAAUCGGAGAAGGAUCCGAAAUGCGAGAUCUCAUGGUGGAUUUCCUAAUCAUUAAAGUGCCAGCGGCCUACAAUGUGAUCAUCGGUCGCCCAUUCAUACAUGACGUGCAGGCGGUAGUCUCCACCUAUCACUUGACAAUGAUAUAUAUGUCGAACCUGGAAAGGCCGGCAAAGAUAAGGGGAAGUCAGUUGGCGGCAAGGUCCUGUUACUUGACUGCUUUGAGAACACCGGGAAGAAUGGUCCCAGAAGUGAACUUGACUACUGAGCCGGCAAGGCAAGAGAUACACUUGACUACUAAGCCGGCAAGGCAAGAACAGCUGUCAAAAAGAAAGAACUGCACAAAAAGGGGUCGAACCGACCUAAACAUGGAACACUUUGAUGAAAGGCCGGUAUCAGCACCAAGACCAAUGCCAGAUGGUCUGACAGAAAAUAUCGAGCUGGAGGCUGGAAACAUGGAUAGAACAGUCGUGAUCGGUACGGAAAUGGGGAGUGACAUGAAGGUCAACCUCAUAAGCUUGCUGAGAGAGCACGCUGACAUCUUCGCAUUCUCGGCGGAUGAGAUGCCUGGUAUCGAUCCAGAGAUAAUGGUUCACCGAUUAAACGCCGACAGAAAUGUUAGGCCUGUACGGCAGAAAAAACGUAAUUUCUCCACGGAAAAAAUGACAGCAAUACAAGAAGAGGUGGAUAAACUUCUGGCGGCAGGUUUCAUUGAGCCAUGUGACUACCCCGAAUGGUUGGCAAACGUGGUAAUGGUAAAAAAGUCAAGUGGGUCAUGGAGAAUGUGCGUAGAUUUCACCAACCUUAACAGAGCAUGUCCGAAAGAUUUCUACCCCCUGCCACGGAUUGAUAGGCUGGUAGACUCCACUAGCGGUCACGCAAUGCUCAGUUUCCUAGAUGCUUUCUCAGGGUAUCAUCAGGUCAGCCUGCAUAAAUCAGAUAGGAAGAAGGCGGCCUUUAUCACAGAUGCAGGAGUUUUCUGUUAUAAGGCGAUGCCGUUCGGGUUGAAAAAUGCAGGGGCAACAUAUCAAAGGCUGGUUGACAAGGUGUUUGCCGACCAAAAAGGCAGAAACGUGGAGGUCUAUGUAGAUGACUCUAUCGUAAAAAGCCGGAAGGAGGAGGAUCAUGUUAGCGACCUCCGAGAAACUUUUGAAACUUUGAGAAAAUACAGGAUGAAAUUAAACCCAAAAAAAUGCGUCUUCGGAGUAAGGUCGGGAAAAUUCUGUUAG